CUGAUCAGUGGUCCGGGGUUUGACAUUUGUCAAAAAGAGGCCGUAUGGGUCGUUUAUCGGUUACAUGUGUUAUUUAUUUUGAGCCCUUGAACUUAGAAUUUUGAGACAUACAUGGGUAUAUAUUAACCAUAAUGAAAUCAAAAUCCUUUAAUUUACCUCAAGCUCACGGUGACAAUAGCAAAAUUAACAAAACUUUCGACUUUAUACAGUUCUACAAAAGUGCUUCCGAAACUGAGACGAAUGUUUUAGAAAAGCCUAAAUCCGACGACAAUCACGCUAAGAAGAGCUCUCAAAGUAAGCAAGAAACUUCUAAACGUGAACAUUCGCCGUAUAAGAAUAGGAAAAAGCGGAAAAAUAAACCCGUCGACAUAUCGCACGUUAGUAUCGACGGCUCAAACUUAAACUCUAGCGUAGGCCCUAGCACGCCCAGAAAUGAACCUAGGACCACCUCCACACCCAUAGCAGGUGUUAAAGCAGUUCCGACAAGUAAAGUAAAGUCUAUAAUGAAGACCAGCGUCACACACGAGGACGACGUUAUGGACGGAACAAAAACAAUUAUAACUAAGCCUAAGAAAAGGAAUAAGUCGGUGAGUUUUAUGCUUGAUGAUAAUGAGGAAGUGGUUGUCAAACGGACCAAAUCUGAAGAUUCCAUUGCCAAGAAAAAGGAUAGUGAAAAUAAUAAACACAAGUUUAUCAAGGACAAAAAGAAACAACUGAAAAAUGUAAAGAAGGAGCGUUUAUUGGGUAAAGAAAAUAAAGUUGGCGACAUCAAUCAUAAUGUAGAGAAACAUAAAGAGAGAAUAGUUAAAAAAAAAUUACAAAGUGACAAGCCAUCUGAAACUAGUACCACCAAUAAUAUGGAACAAAAUGAACCUCAAGAUAAGAAGAAAAAGGUUAAGAGGGCAAAAAAAGACAAAAAGGAGCCACAAGAAACAACUAGUAACUCAGAAAUCAUAACUGAACAACCCACAGAGCCUAAACCAAAAAAAGUAAAAAAGGUUAAACAUCAAGUGAAAACUGAAAAUGAAGAAGAGCCAGCAUCUAAAACUCGCAAAAAAGAUCUUAAACCAGAUAUCAUAGCAGAAGACCUAGAGAAUCUCAGCAUAGGGGACAAUGCACACACACUGACCAGCCUUCUUGAUGAGAUGCAGGUUGCUGAUAAAAGCAAACGGAUUAAAACUAAGGGGAAACUUAAAGAAAAGAAAACAACAGUUAUUAAUGAAACUUUGUCAGAAGAUGAGAAAGAGAAGGUAAAAUGGAAGAAGCGCAAGUGGAAUAAGGACAAAAAAGCAGAUGUUGACCUGGAGAGUCUUGCAACAUCUGUCAUUAUUGAAAACCUACCCAUAUCAUUGAUGCUGACAUACAAGAAAAUAUUGGCUGACUAUUUCAGCGAGUGUGGAUUGAUAAAACAUAUUGGACUUGCAGAAAUGUACCCAACAGUAGAGACUACACCAGUAUUCACUACUACAAUAAACUUCUAUAGUGAUGGAGGUGCAACAGAGGCAUUGGAGAAAAAUCACGCGCUGUUGGAAGGCAACCACAUUCGUGUAAAACGUCCGUUGCCUGCCACCGAGACGACGUUAGUGCUGCGGACAUACGCAGAACUAACGGAACAGCUGAUCUGCUCACUGUUCGCCGGUGCAGGCAAGAUACGUAACAUACGACACGUUGUUAAAGGGAAGAGAUCUGCCGCAACCGCCUUUGUGGAAAUGGAUGGUCCAGAAUCAGUAAAAAAAGCAUUGAAAAUAGCCAAAGAUGCCAAAAUUGGCGGGAAAAGAGUGCAUGUCAAUAAAUUUGAAAUGCGCAGCAGCAAGAAACCCAAGAAUGAAGAUAAACCAGAGAACAAUGAUUCCAAUUAAUAAUGUAUACCAUAUCAUGUAAUUUAUAGGUAAUGUAGCUGGUUUAUAUACAAUGUUAUUGUAUUUUUAAAUGUCAUGAUGGCCCCAUAAAUGUAAUAUGAUAUUUUACUAUGUGUAAUUUUAUACAAUAUUCCAUAUUUUGUAACAGCAAAUAGAUUGAAAAAGAAGCCCCUUCUGUGAAAAUGGCAUUAAAAUUGGUUAUGAAAUGAGGCAGUAAUUCAUAUAUACAAUAUCAACACUUAUAUAGUGAGGAUAUUGAUCCAUGGCAUUUUUUUGCAUAUAUUGUAAUUUCCCGAUAAUGUUACGUGCAAGUGUUGCGUCUCUUUUCUUGUUUCUUGGCACAUACGCCUUCUACCGAAAUUCAUUAUAACUUGUUGAUUUUACCGUACUUUAUUCAAUUUUUCUGCGUUGGAAUUUAUACAAGGUAAAUAUUUGAUAAAGGAAAUUGAAUGAGUCAAAUACCCUAUUCACAAAAUUCAUAAUUAACAUCCCUGAAUGUUUUAUCAUAUUCAUGAUAUCUAGGCAGCUAAAGUAAAAAUAAAAAAAAAGAAGUAAUGGAGUAAAAAGUAAAAGAGGUAUCAACAUGAUACAAAUCAUAUUGACAAAGCUGCUAGUGGAAGUGUUUAAAAAACACAAUUCAGAGGUAAUAAAGAAGUAAAACAAAAACUGGUUGUGAUAGCUUAUGACAAAGAUAUACAAUUUUUUUCUUUAUUAAAUUUAUCUGACCUCAUCCAUGUAUAGAUUUUUACUAAAUAUAUUCAUUUUAAACAUACAAUUAUAUCUCAACGCCGAGUUUCGUUUUUCAUAGCUAUUCCAAGGGUUCUAGAAGAGAUGUGUUUCUACAAUAAAACAAAAAAAAAAUGGGAACGACAUAUCCUAAUGAUAGAGUUUUGUUUAUUUUCUAUUAGCAUUAAUGAUAGCAGGAAUGCAUCUUGUCUAUGGCUUUAGAUCUGUAAUAUUUGGCCUGGUUCCUUUUGAUACUUGUCAUUUGCCUUCCGCAUUAUUGAUGCCACUGGUUCAAUUAGGCAUUCCUAAUAAGACCAAAUCAUCAAGCAUGUUUUAUGAGAUUUGUCUAUAAAGUGAGAAAGUAGUGGAAGACCACUUUGACCAUUCGCUCUGUUUGAUAGGUUAUUUCUAACAUAGUAGUCGCAGAUCACAGUCUUAUGUCCUACCUCCGUUUUCAAUAAACGAUCCCAAUCGCUUUUUUAAUCUAUCGUGAAAAUUGACCAAUCAGAAUAAAGUUGUUUUUUUCGCUUACAAAUUACUUAUUUUGAUUGGAGAUUGACAUUGUUUAUUGAAAUCAGUGGUUAAAAGUGCACAUAUUUUUUAUAUAUUCCGUAAUACAAGGUAACUUGUAAACACAGUACAAACACUGAUCAUAAUAAACUAACAUUAUAAUAAUAGGUGUCCAUUAUUGUAUAUCUGCAUUCCUUAUUAAGGCAGAGCCCCCAGUAAAACGGCGCGCUAACGCUAUUUUUAGAAGAGAAAAGAAGAAAUAUCAACGUCAUAUUUCUACUACGUUACCUUUAUAUUGGUAGUUUAAAAUUAAAGUAAUUCUUUGAUUAUUCCCGCCAUUAACUUUUCGCCGUAUGCUCAAGGUCAUUUGUUCAGCGGAGCGCCUUAUUUACAUUAGUAUGAAAGAACUUUGAGAAAUUCAUUGCAUUUUCAAAUCUCAACAGCAAUAGUGAAGCAAUAAUUUGCCUAUUGUAAUAUUUUUAUAGCAUUUAACAGUGAUUAUAAUGCGUUGUAUUCUUGUAUACCGUUAUGUCGCGGACUUGAAGAGCAUAUAUAUCAUACUCAGUUUCAUACCAUAGCUUCAUUAUUUAAAAUAUUAAGAUCAGGUGAAAUAACGCGUUGUGGAGGAUGCAUAUGUCUAGCAAUGAACUAAUAUAUAGGUUGAUGGUGAUAUGCUAUGUUCCCUUCUGUAAAAUUAUAUUUCCGUGCCUAAAUGCCUUUUGUUAUAAGUCCUUUGAUGUUAUCGCAUUAGGAAUUGCCUUGUUAAACAGACUGUUUACAAAUAGUGUAUAUUUAAUCAUGUUUAUUAUGAUCAUAACCCACGUAGCAUAUUAGGAUUGUUUAACUGUCCUUAUUAUAAAUACAUUUUUUAAAUAUUAUCCAACUACUGUUAUUACUUAGGCUACAAAUAACUUUAUAAAUGAGUUUUAGAAGGUUUGCAUGUAUUUUUUUUUUCAAUGAAACUCUGUUGAUAAGAUAGAAUGUGAAUUACCAAUAUUUUUUUUUAUUUAUUUCACCAUGAAAUAUUUUAUCAGCGCCGAAUUAAAUAGUUUUAAACCAAUCACAGUAACCAAUAUUGUAUAAACAAAUACAUUUUAUUUGUUUUUAUUUGUGUAAAAGUGUCAAGUAGUGAUGAGAGGUGUAUUAGUGUUAAUGGAUUGAGUUUUGAUUUAUUGUGUUCAUGAAAUAGUUUAUGUAAUAUGUUUUGUAUGAAAUAAACGAGUUCGUUGAUUU